UCUCUCUCUCGCUGUAUGCAGCUCACUCACAUGUAGAGAGCGAUUCUUUGUGGGCAAGAGAGACGGCAAGACCUUGUGGGAUGCCUGGAAACAUGAAAAAAUCCUUGAACAUAUUGAUGAACCAGGAGUGCAGUAGUCAGAGCUGCAUCAUGAGUCGCAUUAGCCGCAAUCGAAGCAAGAGGAACAACUACAGAGCAGAGCAGAGCAGGGGACUGCUGCAGAGCAGAGCAAAGCAGAGGAACGAAACGGAACGGAUGAACACAGAUGGACCAUUAGAAGAAGCGGAUGAGGGAGGCACCGCAGCGGAGGAAGUGGCUCUCGAGUUGUGUCUGGUUAGACAUUCUCUGCCAGUUAACUCAAGGCCGCACAUUUGCGUUGCAGUUAUCUUUCGAUUCUUCUUCUUCAAAAAUGAUUCAGUACUUUGGCCUGCAAAUGCUCUCUGCUCCGCUGCAAUAUAGCCUUCAGAUAACCGCCAAUCUAGUGUCGACCAUUGGAAACUUUCUGC